CCCAUGAAUCGUCAAAUUACUGGACCUAUCAAUAGACGAUUUGGAGCCGUCGGAUCGGAUUCCGCAGCCAUCCUGGAGUUGCCCUUUUCUGUCUGUUUAUAUGCGCUCUUCCACGGUGAUCGAGUUCGAUUUUGAGGCGAAGAUGUUCCUGCGGCGAGUGCUGUUGGGCGGCGGAUGGCGGGCUAUGUCGACGCAAGUAGGGAAGAAGGUGAAGGAGACGACCGGGAUUGUGGGGCUCGACGUGGUGCCCAACGCCCGCGAGGUGCUGAUCUCCCUCUACACCCUCACCCUAAGGGAGAUCCAGGUCGUGCCCCCGGACGAGGGCUACCGCAAGGCCGUCGAGAGCUUCACCCGCCAACGCCUCAACGUCUGCCUGGAGGAGGAUGACUGGGAGGAGAUCGAGAACCGCCUGGGGUGCGGCCAGGUCGAGGAGCUCAUCGAGGAGGCGAAGGACGAGCUCACGCUUAUCUCCAAGAUGAUCGAGUACUCUGUCACGAUCUUGAUUUUGGGAGUGUGUCUCCAUGCGUUGAGGCACUAUGUGACAGCUGAGGGAAGAACCUUCAAGAGAUUGAUUGGGCGGAUCAUUCCCCGUUUUCUUCUUCUGCAUCCCUUUGUUGAAACCUGGAUGUCUUAUAUCUAUUGUUAAUAUCUAUUUAUAGAGUUAUAUCAUGAAGCAGUAAACUGGUUUUUACAAGUUAAUCAUUGUUAGGGUCUGUACUUUGGCUGACAAUGAGUGACGAGGAUGAUACUGCUGUUUACUUUGCUAGAUGGGUUAGAAGGGAUGGAAUACUGGGAAAACUGAAAUGGGGUUUCUUACUUCAUUUUGAUUCCCCUAAUUGGGUGGAUCAAGUUGGGAUUGAUGCUUUCCAAUACUUUUGUUCUUAUGCAUCUUCCAAUCUGUCCAUCCAAGCAAACAACACAGUGGAAAUGCUUAUAAGCUAUCCAUCUUGAUCAAUCUAUCCAACUGUUAAAACACACUAACCAGUAGGUUCUCUGCCCUUCUUUUUUGCCUUGUUAGCUUUAAAAGGAUACUCACACUUAAUCUAGAGAUUUCCUUGCUUGUGGAGUAAGCUCCAAUAAUAGGAAAAUAGACAGUGCAUUAGACCCAAUCUUUGCAUCCUAAGUCUGCAUUUUGUAUGCUGUUCAGCAUUGACAUUUGGCAAUCCCAAUCAACGUCCCUUUCACGCGUGCUUAUAUGAUUAUUUUAGUGGUCUGACAAGUCAGAGCUCGUUUGGGUCUUUGGCUACGCCUCAGGACUAAUGAGUGGCAAGAAUUAUAAUACCAUAUCAUUCCACGCGUGCUUAUAUUUGGUGGUAGCCAUUAGCCAUGAGCCCAUGGCCCCCACCAUUACACGCAUAAUUAGGCACUUAAGCUUCAAGCAAUAGUGACAAAGACGAGUUAACUAAGAGUAUUACACUAAUAUUAAAUGAGAUUUAAAUCUAUCGACAAUGUGAAAUGAGAAAAAUGUGAGGAAUUUUUGUUUGGAUAGUUUCUCUAACAUACUUACCAUGCGACCAUAUGUUUCUUCUAAUUGCUAAGCAUA